AUGACCAUUUCCAAGCCCAAGGCGCUGCCGUCUCUCCAGUCUUGCUGCACCUGCGCGACCCUGCUCUGCGAGGUUCCCCGCCACGGCCCCUCGGAAAAGCCUCUGCCGCUAGAUCGCCACUUGGAUUGUUGCCAGAGAGUGAUAUGCGGCAACUGUCGCAAUAACAACCCUCGCUUUAGCUCCUACUGCCCCUACUGCCAAAUCUCGCAAACCGGCACGGUCCUCCCCCCGGACCUAGACGACCCCCCUUCGUACAGUUCCUCCGUCGCAAACCAUCCGUCCAGGGAUGACGUAGCAACGGCGCCCCCGCCAUACACCCCAUGCGCCGCGCAGCGACCGGAGCAGCCGGGCGAGGAGUCCGGCUCGGCCUCCUCCGAGAAGAAGCCGGCGGAAGACACCUUGCACUUCUUGAACCACGCCCACGACAGCAUCCAAUCCCUAUCGCUGCGCUACGGUGUCCCCGCGAUGGCGCUGAAGCGCGCAAACAACAUCACUAGCGACCAUCUGCUUCUGGGGCGGCGAGCGGUGGUGAUACCCGGCGAGUACUAUAAAGGCGGGGUGAGUUUAUCUCCGCGGCCCGUCGAGGGCGAGGAGGAAGAGGCGCGGAAAACCAAGAUUCGCCGCUGGAUGGUGGCGUGCAAGGUCCACGAAUACGACGUCGCCGUAUUAUACCUGGAGCAGGCCAGCUAUGAUCUGACGACGGCGAUGGAGGCCUUUUUCGCGGACGAAGAGUGGGAGCGGACCCAUCCGAUAGAGGUCGCGGGUAGAGGAAAGGGGGUUGCUAAAGGGGCGAGCAGCGGGCAUCUACUUUGGAGAGGCCGACGGUAG